AUGCGUGCCACAGGGAGAGAGGGGUUGGAGAGUACGGCGUACCAGGUGAUGCAGUUGGAGUUUGAGGUGGACAAUGUGAUAAACCUGGUGCCCACCCAGACCCUGCACUGGAACACUGAGUACCCCACCGACACCCCGGCAACCGCCCGGCAACCAGAGAAGGUCUCGCAUCUGUACAUCAGCAACGCAGACAUCCAGGGCAUCGUACCGCUGGCCGAGGACACGGAGGUGGUCAACACGGCCAUCCUCACCGGGCGGCGAGUGACGGUGCCCAUCAAACUGGUUACCGUGGAGACGGACGGACAGGUGCGAGAGGUGGACGACCUGGUGACCUGCAGCUCUGCGGACGUGGACGUGGUCAAGGUAUGA